AUGAGUUGUAACUGGUUAUUAUUCUUUUUAUAUAUUAUUGUAUUUAUACAAUCAAGUACUUUUACUUUUGCACAAGAUUAUCAUCCUGUUGAUCCAACAGGGAGAUGUGAAAAAUAUAUUGGGGAUCCUGUAGAUACACCCCUAUGUCAAGGUUUAUUAGCCAAUGCAGAUUCUGUAUAUGUAAAUUCAACAGCAAGCCAAUCAGACUUGCAAACACAAGCACUUCAAUUUAAAUUGAUAUUAGAUUUUGGUGGAUCUGAUCAAUGUAAAGUACAAAAUACAUAUAAAACUCUAUGUGCUUUGUUUUUUAUGGAAUGUAUAGAAUAUCAAGUACCAAAUACAUCGACGGUAUUGGCAUUCCCAAAGUUUCCAUGUUCAGCCAAUUGUUAUAAUACAACAGAGUUGUGUCAGAUUCCAACCAAUUUAUUGGAUUGUUCUAGUAAAGUGAUUGGUGGUGGAUACAAUUUUACAUUGUUUCCAUUGGAAUCUGCACUUUAUAAUCUAACAUCGUUUGGUGGUGAUACUAAUCACUCGGUGACAUGUCAAAAUCCAAAUUUGAUAAAUUCAAAUACAACCUUUGGUCUAUGUCCAUUCCCAUUGGUAGAACAUCCAACAGACGAUCAAGAAAGAUCAACUUAUGAAGGAUACAUUUACAUCUCUAAUAUUAGUUCAUGUGUUGCACCAUGUCCAUCACCACUAUUUAAACCACAAAUAUGGACCAAUAUAUUUACAAUGGGUGAUAUUCUAUCAUUCCUUUCAUUCUUUGCUACUAUAUUCUUAAUUAUCACCUAUGGUAUAUUGAAUCCAAAGAUUACUCGGUUUGACAAGAUUAACCUAUGUGUUAUGUCUGCUGCAUGUGGUGUUGCUCUGGCUGGUGUCAUUCAAGCUAUCAAUGGAACACAAGACUCGUUGUGUCCCGAACCAGGUCGGUCGGCAUCCCCCAUUGAUGAUCUCUGUCUCACCACUGGAUUCAUUCUUCAUGUAUCGGCACUCUACGUUGUCACGUGGUGGUGUAUCAUGGCUUUCGAAGUUUGGUUUGCCAUUAAAACAGUCGGUGCCAAAAAAAGAGAGUUUUUCAAAUACUAUUGUAUCGGUACCUCUCUCAUCUCUUGGAUCUUCCCCAUUGCUACAAUCUCUGCAAAAGAAUAUCAUGCUGGUCCCGGAAAUGUUUUUUGUUGGAUUUGGUCAUCAAAAUAUAGAAAUAUAUUCUUUUGGGGACCAUUGGGUGUAUUUUUAUUUGCUGGUACAAUCUUUUUAAUUUUAUUAAUUAGAGAAAUUUAUAUUAUUGUAUCAAUUAAAAUUUCAAAGAUGGAUCAAUCAAGAUGGAAUAUAUUAAAGAUGGAAGUUAAACCAAUUGGUAGUUUGGUAGCAUAUUAUACUAUUCUUUUGUAUUUAUUUGCGUAUGAUCAAUAUAUUGUAUCGGCACAGCACGAAUAUUUUGCAUCGAUUCCACAGUAUUUUGCUUGUUUGACCAAUCCAAAGACUACAGAUCCAGAACAAGAAUGUUUGGUAUUGGGUCCAUCAGUGGCAGGUGUUGGUUUCUUUGUAUUUUGUAUUCGUAUAUUUGGAUUCUUUAGUUUCUUGUUGUAUGGUUUAUCAUCAAGAACUAAAAAAAUUUGGUCACAAUCGAUUGUAUUCAACAACAAAAUUGUCAAGAUUAUCAGUGCCAAACUCGACCAAAUCACAAAUACCACUGCUCUCGGGUCAUCCAAUUCAUCCAAUACUCCUGGUGGUCCAAAUGAUUCAAAUUUUGAAUCCGGUGCUACUGGUGCUGGAAUGAGUAAUGCUGGUAUCUCUGUUGCUCAUGAAAUGGAAAUGGAUAGUUAUAAUGAUAAUUAA